CACAAAGAGCGUGGCAUUUGAUUGCAGAACACGUACAAACAAACAUGUGGCUCAGGCACUCAGCCAGUGCGGUUUCAUCCAUUUGUAGUUUUGUAUGCAUGGUGUGCAAGCAGCGGCCAUGCGCCUCCUGCCGCAGGAGGAGCGAGUGAGAGGGGCUUCUUCGUCUAGCUCCACCCAUUCCACAUUCCCACCAGCUCCCGGGCCGUUCAAUAAGAGAAGCACUAGCAGGGAGGGAGGGGGCAGAGGCUAAGAAUGGCAGGCGCUUUCUAAUAAUAAAGCGAGUGCCACUCCCUAAUUAUACUCCCCUCUCCCCCUUCGCCACCGGCCCGGGGCCUCCCCUUUCCGGACAAGACAGAUGACGAUCCAUCGAAACCGAUCCAUGGAUACCCGAGACCCACAGGAAUCAUCCAUUAUUCGGAGCUAAUCAUUCCAGCGCACAAUCUUGGGCUAGCUCAUCCUUCCCGGGGACACUCGAGGUCCCGAAAGCCGCACCCGUUGCAGGUAUGCCGGCAUCAUGGUGAUCUUCCUCUCUCUCUCUCUCUCUCUCUCUCUCCCUUCCUUUCUUAGGCCCCGCCAUCGAUCGAGUCCUUUUCGUUGCCGUUGCCAUGGGGGUGCGGCUCGGCCGGGUGAAUGAUGGGGUGCCGGCUGUGACGUGAACGCGGCAGGUCGACAGUGCAUGGCCGCGAGCGCCGGGGCGCAGCUAGAGCGGCGGAGCUCGGUGCGGCGGACGCAGGGCAUGGCGCAGGAGGAGGAGCGGGGCCAGACGGCCGACGAGGAGAUCAUGUUGCGGAGCCAGGGGGGCAACACCGAGCCGGCGGGCGGGUCGGCCAAGGUCGUCGCCGCGCUCGACAAGGACAGCGCCGCGCCCAAGUCGCGGGAGCAGAGCGCGGGACCUUCCGGCGGUCGCGUUGCGUGCAGAGAUGGACCAGAUGAAGGAGAAGUUCGCCAAGCUGCUGCUCGGGGAGGACAUGUCCGGGUCCGGGAAAGGGGUGCCCUCCGCGCUAGCCCUCUCCAACGCCGUCACCAACCUCGCAGCCUCUGUGUUCGGCGAGCAACGGAAGCUGGAGCCCAUGGCAGCAGACAGGAAGGCGAGGUGGAAGAGGGAGGUCGGCUGGCUCCUCUCCGUCGCCGAUCACAUCGUCGAGUUCGUCGCCAAGAAACAAGUCCUGGACAACGGAACCGAAAUGGAGGUUCGGCGACCACACCUGCAUUGCCAUUGCCAUUCCCAGAUCGAUCCUCUUCCACUCCUCCGGUUCUAACUCUCUGUUCUUGCUCGUCGCAGGUGAUGGGGACGCAGCAGAGACGGGACCUCCAGGCGAACAUCCCGGCGCUGCGCAAACUCGACACGAUGCUCCUUGAUUACCUGGACAACUUCAAGGAGCGAACCGAGUUCUGGUACGUGAAGCGCGACUCGUGCUCGGAGAGCGAGAACGAGGGGUCGCAGAGGUCCGACGAGAAGUGGUGGAUCCCGAUCGUGAAGGUGCCCCCGGCCGGGCUGUCCAAGCCCUCCAGGGGCUGGCUCCUGCACCAGAAGGAGCUGGUGAACCAGGUGCUCAAGGCGGCCAUGGCCAUCAACGCCAACUGCCUCAUGGAGAUGAGCAUCCCGGACACGUAUAUUGACACGCUACCCAAGAACGGGAGAGCCAGCCUCGGGGACGCGCUGUACCGGAUCAUCACGGACGUGGAGUUCGACCCGGACGACUUCCUGUCGACGGUGGACCUGACGUCGGAGCACAAGAUCCUGGACCUCAAGGACCGGAUCGAGGCGUCAGUCAUCAUCUGGAACCGGAAGGUGCACAACAAGGACGGCAAGUCCUCCUGGGGCUCCGCCGUCAGCCAGGAGAAGAGGGAGCAGUUCGAGGAGCGGGCGCAGACGCUGCUGCUCAUCAUCAAGCACAGGUUCCCCGGCAUCCCCCAGUCCACGCUCGACAUCGCCAAGAUCCAAGAGAACAGGGACGUCGGGUUCGCGCUGCUGGAGAGCUACUCCAGGGUGCUGGAGAGCCUGGCGUUCAACGUCAUGUCCCGGAUAGAGGACGUCAUCCAGGCCGACAACGUCGCGAGGGAGAAGGCCAAGAGGGACGCGCCGGCGGAGGCCGCCGGACGCCGCGAUCCCCAGAACGGGGGAGAGGACGGUGGGACGACCCUGCUGGACUUCAUGGGCUGGACAGGGGACUCGGAGGGGAGGAACGACGACUGCUCGCCGCCGCCGCCGCCGGAGCUGCCGGCGCAGGACGACGGGAGGCUCAUGAAGCUGCCCAACAUCAUGACCAACCUGAAGCAGACGUACAUGGACAAGCUCGACUUCCUCAGCGGGAACAGAAGCCCCUCAGCUCGCCAUUAGAGACGGCACGGCACGAGAUUUUGCAUGUAUCGUGUGUGUGUGGUAGUAGUGUACAUAGUAUAUAUUUUGGAUUAAAACACUGGGCUCUCGCUUGAGCAGCCCGUCGUGUUGUCUUCCUUAUUUUGCAAACAUGCGACUCCCUCUCCCAUGUAUGGUUUUAACUUUUAAGGGACUGACCACUGUAUCAGAGCCAUCAAUAAAUAGAAAAAUUUAGAGCUACCUGGCCCUCCAACUCACACGUGAGAUGAAGAGUAACCAGGCCUGAAACAAACAUACAGUGGAAACUGCCGU